UAUAUAAUUAGCUUGCAUGUGUGCAUAUAUUAGCUAUACAAAAUUCUACAAUGGAGGAGGAGGAGGCGUGUGUUGUAGAGCUGUACGUAGGGCUAAAACAACCCAGAUAUCUGAUGAUGGAGAGGCUUUUGCACUAUAAGCUCCACGCCGGCACAACAGUGGAACAAGUGAAGGCGAUGAUCAGGUCUGACUAUGGAAUCGGGAUCGAAAGGCAAGAGCUACGGCUCGGGAAAAGGAAGAUGGACAACCAACGGAGCCUGAAAUUUUACGAGAUCCAGGCCGGUGUGCCGGCGAUAGCCCACUUGGAGUUCCCGCCGAUGAUCGGCUCCCCGAUCACUAUCACCGUCCUUGUAAAGGCUGUUUGUAUUAAUAUUCAUGACGAUUCCAACAUCAUCUCAUCCUUAAUUACCAACAUCACUUGCACAGAGAUGGAUUGGAUUGGGAAGCUGAAGAAGCGGAUCGAGACCAUUGCCGCCGCCGCCAUGGGCCCGUCGAUGUAUCCAAGGUACAAGAUGGAUUUGUAUUUCCGCGGUACGAGGCUGGCCAACGAACACAUACGUUUGCACUGUCUUCUGGUCACUGAGGGCGCGGUUAUUGUCGCCCUCUACUCACCGGCGAUGGCGGAUGAUUGGCCCACCUGCCGCCUCUGAAGGGUUAUCGCAUCGGCCUCCGUCGUGAACUGCCUUGUCCGAUCGUGAACUACGGUUGUUUCCUAGACGCCUUCACUUCACUGUUAUUAGGCAAUUGUCACGGACUUCGGACUUUUCUUCGGUUUUUUGUACUUUUUGGCCUCCAAUUAUCCCAAAACUCGUCCUCAACCCUUCCACACAUGCUAGGACCUGAAAUGUAUCAAAACAAGCACAACCUAGCGUGAAAUAUGUCGAGGAACGAUGAAAUAUUAAGCUAAACGAAUAAGAAAUGAGGGGUAAAAUGUGUACAUUUGGGCCCGAAUCACUCCCCCACACUUAGACGUUUGCUUGUCCCCAAGCAAACCAUUCUCAACCUAGGUAAUAUUUCAACCUACAAAAUAGCUAGGGGACAUUGCAAAAGGCACAAGGCUAUGAAUCUCAAAUGACUAUUUGGGCAUCGACACUCGAACCGUCUCAAACAAUUCCGACAUCCACCACAAAUGACAUUCAAUUGCAUAAAAAAAUGGGCAAAUAAAAAGUUCUCAUUCUAUCCACAAUCAAUGCAAGUCUCAACAGGGCCACCAAUCAAUCACAACCGACCAUGCUUAGAACUCAAGUCAAAGGAACACACAACAGGGCAACAUAGGUCCCCACCAGCAUAGAUAAGAACCUGCAAGAACAAGAAUGAAUCACUCACUCUCUUUAGGGGUGUACAUGUGUCGGUUGGUUCGGGUUUAACCAUUUUAAUCACCCGACCCAUGCACUACGGUUUGGGAAUUAUCAAACCCAAACCCAUCCAAAAAAAUUUAAACCCUACGGUUUGUUUCUAAUUGGGUUGGGUAGGGUUGACAAUAUUUUUAAGUAAAAACCCAACCCAACAUAAAAAAAAUAUAUAAUUAUUAUACAUCAUAAAAAUAUUUUAUAACUAAUUAAAAUGGCAUCCCACCCUCGACCUAACUAGCACAACCGUCCGACACCAACGUAUCAUGAACAUAACCUCCUCAUCUACGAUGAGUAACAUGACAUACUCUCUCCAUCUACAAGGAGUAGUGGUGACCGCGUCCGACACCAAUCGUGACAUACACGAUAUUGCGUGCUAUCUAAGCAACGGUCCGGUAUGUCAUACAUAUAUUUCGAGAACACCCCAUGAAUGUGGUACAAAUCCAAAUAUCAUAUGUAAUUAAUAUCCAAACAAAUUAUUUUGUAUUUGAAAAUCCAAAUCCUUCUAUCCAAACACACACUAAGGAUUUUCAGGAUGUCACCAUUACUCAUGGCAGAAUUUCUACUCGUUACUGCUCAUUGUCUUUGUUGAGUACAAUCUUUAUACUCAAAUGCUCAUUUGGGUGUUGGACUCGACUCAACUCAAAUUAAACAAAUUAUUAUUAUUUUGGAUUAUUUGAAUCCAACUCAAUACUCAUAUAUGUCAAGACAUUUGGAUCAAAAUACCCAAUCGAGUUAAAAUACUGUAAUUCCUAAAUCACAAGUUUUAUUAAAAGUGAAAUGCAUUCCUUCUGCCAUAUUAAAACGGAGUUGUGCAAAGUCCUGCAAAGUCCCUUGUCUUUUUAGAGGUCUUUUGUUUAUUGGCAAAAUACACUUCCAUAGCCACAACUAUCACGUUUAUGACACUUAGCAAAAUCUAUCAAAAUAUAAUAAAUGUCCAAUUCCGUCCAAUGUUCUACUGGCGUCAAGUAACAGUCUGACUGGACUGAUUGAAUUGCUGAGUUGGCAAUAUGUCGUCCCCACCAUUUCCAUAGAUUAACAGAAAAAUAUAAAAACAUAAAAUAUUAGAAAAACAAUUGGUCUUCCUCUCCAUCUCUCUUCCUUUGGUACUCUCCCAUCUCUCUUCGUAUUCCUCUGCUACUCUCCCCUCCUUGCUCCGCCGAACCCAGAAAGAUGAUGAAGAGAAGCAACAGAUCCAGAUUCCCCUUUUUCUUAGAAGCUGUGGUUUGUGGAUCCCUCAUUUUGCAGGCCGAUUGAUGGAAGAGCAGCAGCUGCUGCUAAAUUCCUAUUUCCUCCGGUGAAUCGAUGGGAGAGAGCAGCAUCGUCAUUCUUACUGUUCGAUGGUUGUCGUCAUCACUUUGCACGGUCACUCCCUCCUUCCUUUGCAACCUUCCAUCGACCGCUUCCCCAAAUUGAAGAAGGGAUUUGUGAAGAUAUGGUCUUCUGAGUUUCCAAAGUCGUAACGCAACUGGGUUUGUUGGGACGAAAUUGUGGAUGUAUAGGCUUUGCAUCUGUUGAAUAAGGGUAUAUAAUUGGAGGUGGAGCCGGAGGUACUGAAGCGGGGUUCAGGGAAUGGAUCUCAAAAAGAUUUGGGGCAUCUCGACCACUCAAUUUUUUUUGGCGCACGGAAAGGAAGGAUAAAUGAUUGCAACAUUGCGACAAAAGGAUUUGGGGUUUGGGUUGGCGAAAAUCCAGCCAAUGACGCUGUAUAUCUCAGGCCGAGCAGAUGGCCUGCUCUAAUUGAUGAUGGGCAACGACGAGUGGUGGGAGGGGGAAAGGAGGAAUUAAUAUAUUACUUUAUUUAUUUAUUUUUAAAUUAAAUUAUGACAUGGCACCUACGCGGCAAAUGUGGUUGAUGUGUCGCUGACGUGUGUCACAAGGAAUAGAUGUGGACAAUUGCUACAAGGAACUGAGGUGCUCCAGAUUCAUAGCUAGCUUAAGAUUCAAGAGGAGGCACCAGAGUCACCCCUGCAUCCUUUCCUUCAGUUUCCACUCAACAGUUAUAGUCCAAAGAAGAUAGAGAAGUGGAGAUACAUACUUGGGGAUCCACAUGAGCAACUUGAUUGGUCGGAUUUUGGCCAAUACCAAGCAUGGGGAGCAACAAUGAGAUAUAGGCUAGAUAAUGUUGGUCACUUGUCAUAGUUCAACAUUCGAGGAGAGAGGCAUGAUGUGCUCAUGAGGGAGUUCCUUGCCACAUUGACAGUAUCCUCAGCAAGUAGCUAGAGCUAGCUUUGCAUCUCAUAUAGAUUGGCUGGAAGACACUUCAUAGAGAGUUAUUAUGGUUGUGUGAGGAAGCUAAGGAUUCCUGCCUACACAUGAGAGGAACACUCUAUGAUGCUAGCCUUGUAGAUUACUGAGAUCCAUCAGAGCAAGCAGAAAUCUUCCAUGAGUUAUGGAAGACCAUCACAAGGAAUCAAGGGGCUCAGCUUUUUGUGGGACAUUCGAUACCACCCUCUAUCUGUCAUCCAUUUAUGAGGUUCGUGCACUACUUCAAAUGAAAUGGUUUUCACAUGAGGUAGAGCGGCGAUGUAUGCAAGUUGACCAUCUGUGACAUGAUUCCAUAUCAUGCUCUUCUUCACAACUGGUGGCUACAUCUAGCAUGGUUGAUAUUGGAUAACUUUCUCGGGUUUACCAUCGUUACUUCUCCGAGGGGACUUCCAGAUGGUGGCUAUAUUCUUACUAUAGUCUAGCACAUCGAAGAUCAUCGAGAGGAGUAUGGUUUUUCUCUUUGUGACGCUCUAGAGAGACAUGGGCUGAUAUUGUCGGCAUUCAUUUUUGGAGUGGAUCUGGCUAGAGAUGAUUGCCCUUACUACUCAUCAUGGACGGGGGCAUGGAGACUAGCAGAGCAUUUAAAAAGAAGUCAUGAGCAGCAAGGAUAUAGAGUUGGCCACCCACCAGUAGCAGCAUACCACGAUAUGGGAGCUAUGUAGCUGAGAUACCAUCUUUGAGAGCAGUUGUGGAGAGACAGGAGGAGAAUUUACUUGCAUACAAUAGCCUGAAAGAGCGUCACUGAGAUGCCCUCGAGUAGGAGAGAUAGACAUAGCACGAGGAGACUCAAGCUUGGGGACAGAGAGUAGAGGCAGAGCAACAAUGGGGCCAUUUUUGGAUGCAGGAGUUUGGUAGGAAGUUCAAAAUCCUAUUUCCAUGCAAUGGACCCGGAGAAGUAGCAAAUAUAUAUGCCUCUAUUUGAGCUAUAUGUUUUUCUCUAUAUUUUAUUUGACAUUUCGAGUCUUCGUAUGCAAUCAAGGAAAACUAGCUACUUCCUAUGAACUUGAAUUAAGUAAGACAACCAAGCUAACCCACUCCAAAUCUUCCCAUAUCUCACUAUUAUUUUCUCCAUUGAAGACAAUGUGCAUUUUAAAGUUUGGGGUGGAAAUGUGUUGAGAUGAUUUACCUUGUUAUGCUUUAUACUUGCUAUUUGAUUAGUCGUUCAAAUUUGAAAAUUUUCCCAAUGCUAAAUAAUUGUGGUAUUUGUCUAAAUUUUUGGGAAUUACUAAAGAUGUUUUUCCAUCUAAUGACUUUUAACCAUCCCCUACAAGCAUGAUCACUUCUCAUCUUACUUUGGAUCAUCACUUGGUAUAGGAAGGAUAGUGUAGUGACUAUGAAGGAUGUGAUAGUCAAAGGGACGAAAUGACCAUUUGAUAUGUUUGGAUAAUAUGUUGUUUGAUCUAUUCAUGGAUUUCUGAUUAUGCAUAGUAUUUUUCCCUUUUAAAAGUUUUUUCAAUAGGGUGAACUGUAUCUUCUAUGGAUGCAAAGAUCUAACCAUCAAGACCUUGUAUUUUUUGAAAAAUUGGCAUGUUAUGCUGAGAAAUUAUGUGUGGUAAGCCCAACAUGUGAUGCAUUUUUUUAUUGCAAUAAUUCGGGUUUUGGACAAGAUAAAAAUUGAGCUUUAGUGAGGAAAUCCUACAAGGUGAUGCUAGUUCCUCUCUAGUACAAGUAAAAUCUCCACUCGUCUAAUUGAUAGAAAACUUGAGGAUGUGUUCUUAAGGGAAUGGAUAGAGCUUUCGAAACCCCUUAUUUAAUUGAUCCUCCGCUCAAAUUGCGGUGUAGGAGCUUAGAGAUCUUUCUCAACUAAUAAAGGUCUAAUGCUUUAGUGAGCUCUCCACACAGAGAAGUCUAGAAAAGGAGAAAAAAUUAUGUUUGCAAGAUAAGAAAAUGAGUAUGUUUUUUAAGAAGGCAAAAGUGCUUAAAGGAAUGUCAAGUUGAUGGUAGAAGCAUUCAAAGAUAAAAACGUUUUUCAAAAACUUCACCCUAUUGUUUUGAGAGGAGUCUCUCAUGCUAUUAUUGACGUUGUAAGUUUACUUUUGAUCCACAACCUAAGAUUGUGGUUGAGUGAUAAUUGUCGGGUUUUCAUUGAGUUGUACGAUCAUGAGUAGUAUUUGCUUGGGGAGAAACAAAGUUCAGGUGUGGGGUAUUUCUGAUGACACUCAAUUUAUAGUGUUUAUCACUCUCAUAUUUGAUACUGAUGUCAUUGAUUGCUGCACAUACCAAAUUUAGGUGGCCCGAAAUCCAGGAUCGUAUUUCCCUAGGGCCUCUCGCAUAAACCUUACUUUGGUAGUGAGGUACGGUUCCAGUUUAUUUAGAAAAAAAUAAUGUAGGGGGUUGAGG